AGUGAUAACAAAUGUGAACGAUUCUGAUUGGUGGCGCAGUUUUGCUCCCGAGACGCUCGUUCCCGAGACGCUCGUAAAUAUAAUUAUGAUAAUAGUGUAAUCGUUGUUUUCCUACCCAGAUAAUAUAUUAUAGACAAAUUCUGUUAGCUUAUAUUUCUGUGUUGUUGAAAGACAUGAUAUUUAUCUGUCAUUAAUUCAGGAUUCCUUUCAUGAGGGAUUGUCCAUAAGUCCGUUGUCGUCUGUUGAAGGGAUCAGUUAAGUCAAGAACUCGUUGAUUUGUGAUAACUGGUCAGUCUCAAAGUAUCCUUGGCUAUAGUCAGUUGUGGAGUCGCUAGUGUUGUAAAAUUACCUAGUACACUUAUAAAUCGUCAAAUCUAAAACGUUAUAAGUUUCUUAAGUAACAAACUAACACAUUGCUAAGAGCUUACUAGUGAAUUCCUGUGAUUCUAAUUAUUUCUCUAUUAUCAUCUAUACACGUUAAAUUUGUUGCCUUGAAACAUGAAACGGUAUAAUGACAAAUUAUUAGAAGAUACCGUUGUAGACGAUAACUCCAACCCAAAUAAGGUAUCUAAUUUGUCUAUGAUUACUGAUGUUUCAAAAAUGAGUGUUGAGCAAAAAUCUGACAAUAAUGUGACAAACAAUAUAAUACCAUUGCAUUUGAACCAUUAUACUGAGCAUUUUCAAACGGUAAGCAAGGACUUCUUAUUUAAUUACUGUGCAUGUGGUUAUUUUAAAAAUGCUGAAACCAUAAUACAUGAAGAAAUCGACAAAAUAAAAUUGAAAUUUGAUACACCAACUAGAAUUGAAGUUGUUAAUAUUAUUAAAACUGAACUCAUAGUAAAAAAUAUGAAGACAAUUGUAGAGAUGGAAAAUUGUGGUGUUGUGUAUAUGUUGAAGAAUAACCAAAAUGAUGAUCUUAAAUGGAUGUAUAAUUUUUUGAGUUCUGUGAAUGGUGGUGUAAAAGUAAUGUUUGAUGGUAUGCGUCCAUAUUUUCGUGAAAUAGGAAAAUCAGUUGUACUUGGAACAAAUAGAAAUUCUGAUGUUAAUACUUGUAUUCAGAGUUUAUUGGAUUUGAAAAGAAAGUUUAAUAAUUUAAAGGUGAAUUUAUUCAACAAUGACACCUUGUUCGAUGAAAUUGUUGGUGAAGAAUUUAAUUAUUUCUUAGAAUUCAAUCCUUUAGUACCUGAAUAUCUAUCAUUUUUCAUUGAUGAAAAACUAAGAAAAGGAAAGCAUACGUACAUUAAAAAUAACCCGGAAGCUGAUAUUGACAAUGUUAUAUACAUGAUAAAAUAUCUUAAAAACAAAGUCAAAUUUGAACAAUUUUAUCGUAUUAAUUUAACCAAUAGAUUACUUCAUUGUAAGUCUGUCAGCAUGGACAAUGAGAACAAAAUGAUCUCCAAACUUGAGAAUGCAUAUGCCAAUGGCUAUGGCAGAUUGUUAUUCAUAUCAAAAAUAAAAGGUAUGGUUAAGGAUAAGUUUGUAUUAUCUAAAACUAUCAUGAGCAACUAUAAACAAUGUGCAAAUGUUAUCAAGUGUAUUUUAGGUACUACUGAAUCUUAUGCUUUUGAUCUUAAUGUGCAAGUCUUAACUUCAAUCAAUUGGCCAGUUGAUCCAAAAACAAUGCACGAAAUUCCAUGUUUUGGAAAAACUGUUUUUGAUGAAUUUCAAAAACUUUACAAAAAAAAUAACCAAAGUGGUAACAAUAAAAAGUUAAUACUGUUACCUCAAUUUGGUACAGUUGAAUUAAACGCAAUUUUUUAUGGCAAGCCUUGUUCACCUAAAAAAUUAUUUAUUGAUGAGUUACCUUCAAUCAGCGAGAAACGUGAUGCUCGAAAAUUGAAAAUCACUGUAUCAACUAAUCAAAUGCAAGUCUUAGACUUGUUUAAUGCACAUAAUACGUUGACUUUUAAUGAAAUUCAAAUUAAAACUAAAAUUCCCAGAUUGAGUUUAAUCAAUGCACUGCAAGAUAUGACAACAUCAUCCAAUCAUUUGCAGCAUUUACUUGUCAAAGUUCCUAUGGGCGAAGAAAUCAAGCUCACCGAUAAAUUCAAUGUUAACGAAACCUUUCAAUGUAUAUAAGAAAUCUUAGCAUAUAAGUAUAAUAUUCAUUAUUCAAAAACAAUUUUAUAAAUAAUAAUUUUACGGAAAAAGUUUAAUUAAGUAUAACUAUAUAUUAACUAUACUUCCAUCACAGUUAUAACUAAGAGAAUUAAUAUUAGAAAUAGUAGGAUCUCCAGCCUUUUUACAAGGUCUAAUAGUAUCAAACCUGUAUGAUUCAAGCUCAUAUUCUUUUUAAAAUGUUACAUCAAGAAAUGUGUACACAAAUUUGAUAAAAUUAGCUCUUAAGUCCUAAUAAACUAAGA